CUCUAUUCAAUAUGGAGUACAGAAAAUAGCCUGAUUCACUCAGCAUUUCCCUGCUCCUAAUCAGUUUUCGGCCACUUUAGCAUUUCUGGCACAAAUUAUGAACUCUCCUGCGUAGAUAUCAGACUACGGGACUCGAUCACGUACGUUUGACAUAUUUCCUAAUAUCGUUUGAAUGCAAGUUGUUUACUAGCCUACUAAACGUUAAUAACAACCGCGCUGACGAGCAGUGAACUGUGAAACUGUUGUAACUCCUAAAAACUACUGGUUUCCUUUAAAACGCGGCAUUUUGUGUCUACUCGACGCUUUCGACAGCUAGAGGAAGGGCUGAAUACUCGAUAGUUUCCGUGAAAGUAAUCACCGAGUUGUGCCGACCGGCGGGGUUAUCGGGUGAAAGGUGACAGCGCUUCAGUCACUCGUAGAAUGCACAAUGCGGCGAGUGUCUCAGCCUCUCUGGGGUCCGUGGGACUGCUGCGUCUCUUCGGGGUGUCCUGGUCCUGGACUCUGGCAGCAGGCCUCGGGGUUUAUCUGGGAACAAGAAGCUGGAAAUACUUCUACAUUGCAGCACGCACCGCCAAGAGAGACCUUAAUGGCCUCUAUGUGCUGUUGAGAGUGAAGAUGGCUUUAUGGCGUUACAUGCGAAAUGGAAGUAACAUUCCUUCGAUAUUUGCCCAGACGGUAAAACGACACCCGAACAAACCAGCACUGAUCUACGAGGCCACAGGGGAAACAUGGACCUUCACCCAACUCGACGAGAUGUGUAAUGCAGUGGCCCACUGGGCACGAAGUCAGGGCUGGGCCUCAGGGGACGUGGUGGCCCUCUUCAUGGAAAGCAGGCCGUUACAGGUGGCGCUUUGGCUGGGCUUGGCCAAGGUUGGGGUGGAAGCUGCACUCAUCAACUUCAACCUCCGCCAUGAUUCCCUCCUGCACUGUAUCGGGGUGUCUGGGUCUCGGGCAAUUGUGUUCGGAGCUGAACUUGCUGAUGCCAUGUUGGAGAUCAGUUCCUCCAUCAGCCAGUCCAUGGUAAAGUUUAGUACAGGAGAUCUCAGUGCGGAACAUCUGGCCCGACUUGGUGCUCAACCUCUGGACCCAAUUCUAGCCUCUUCGCCGAGACAUCUCCCUUCACCUUGUGUUCCUUCGAAAGGCAUGAACGACCGUCUAUUUUAUAUUUACACCUCUGGCACCACAGGACUGCCCAAGGCUGCCAUUGUGGUUCAUAGUCGUUACUACAGAAUUGCUGCUUUUGGGUAUUUUGCCUUUCGCAUGAAGCCAGCUGACAUCAUCUAUGACUGCCUGCCCCUCUAUCACUCAGCAGGUAAUAUCAUGGGAGUUGGUCAGUGUGUGAUCCAUGGCCUCACUGUGGUGGUGAAAAAGAAAUUCUCUGCCAGCCGCUUCUGGGAAGAUUGCAUUAAGUACAACUGCACGGUGGUGCAGUAUAUAGGAGAAAUCUGCCGCUACCUCCUGUCUCAGCCAGUGCGGCCGUCAGAAAAGGGCCAUAAAGUUCGGCUGGCGGUAGGAAACGGGUUGCGCCCCAGUGUGUGGGAGGCCUUCACAGAACGUUUCGGAGUGGCGCAGAUUGGCGAGUUCUAUGGAGCAACUGAGUGCAACUGCAGCAUUGCCAACAUGGAUGGCAAGGUGGGAGCCUGUGGAUUCAACAGUCGCAUUCUUCCCAACGUGUACCCGAUCCGUCUGGUGAGGGUGGACGAGGACAGCAUGGAGCUGGUUCGUGACAGCCGGGGGCUCUGCGUGCCUUGCCGCCCUGGGGAGCCAGGGCUUCUGGUAGGUCGUAUCAACCAACAGGAUCCAUUACGGCGGUUUGAUGGCUACGCUAAUCAGGAUGCUACAAAGAAGAAGAUCGCUCACAAUGUGUUCAAGAAAAAUGAUUCUGCAUAUUUAUCAGGAGACGUGCUGGUGAUGGAUGACAUGGGCUACAUGUACUUUCGUGACCGUGGCGGAGACACGUUCCGCUGGCGAGGAGAAAAUGUCUCCACCACCGAGGUGGAGGGUGUGCUCAGCAAUCUUCUUGGACAGACAGAUGUGGCUGUGUACGGCGUGUCAGUACCAUGCGUAGAAGGCAAAGCCGGCAUGGCUGCCAUUGCAGACACCACAGGGAGCUUUGACUUCAACAGUUUCUUGCAAAAAGUCCAGCAAUCUCUUCCUUCAUAUGCUCGCCCUGUGUUCCUGAGAAUCUCCCCACACGUGGACACCACAGGUACAUUUAAAAUCCAGAAAACCAGGCUGCAGAGAGAGGGAUACGACCCACGUCUCACCACUGAUCAGAUCUACUUUCUGAACAGCAGAGCCGCAUGUUAUGAAGCUGUAGACGAGGAGCUAUACAACGCUAUAGAGGAGGGAAGGAUGUCUCUAUGACAUGGAUGCUGUAGCAGCACAGUCAUGGUGCCUCAGUAAAAGAGAUGCUGUAGAGAGGGUAUAAUGUAUGCAUAGGCUGGUGUCAGAGCAGUAAGUCUUGGUGCACCACCUGCCUGGAUUUUCAGGGAACAGGGUUAAGAGGACUACUUACAUAGUCAGAGUACUGUAGCAGAUGAAGGUUUAACACUGUAUGAGUAACAUACCAGGACAUAAUGUGAGGGCAUUUGUUCCCUUUAAUAACUUGUUUUUUUUAAUUAUUAAAUGAACACCUCAAAAAGCCUUUGAGCAACACCACAUACAGAGUCUACAGGGCAUCUCUCACAACCCAUUUAAAUAGGAUACAUGUUACAAAAAUGUUAGGACAGCAAGAGGUAGCAUCAAGUCAGACUGUUACAGGAUAUUUUACCCAUUUACAAAAUGUGCUGCAAAAAUAAUGCCGUGUAGGUUAAAGCAAUACUUGAGUGUGAACCUAUAGACCCACUGAUGUGUUUUAAAUGAGGCUGAAAGACCAGACUUAAACAUGCAGUAAAAAGCCACAUGCAGUGGCUGCUAGAUCAAACACUAACCAUAGAGACUUUUUUAAUGCAAUGGAAAACUAAUCUCACUUGUCAUGUUUGAACCUCUGAACAAUACUGGCACGGGUUUGCAAAUGCACAAAAGUUGUUACUGUAUGUGCCUUAUAUGAAACAUAAGAUCUGUGUUUCAUUUUUUAAAAUUCUCUUUUUGGAAAAGGAACUCCAGAGAUUGUGGAAAUCACAGUAGUGAUUUGGUGUCAUGCAAAGCUGAGUCACACAUUGUGACUGUUUUUAUGUAACAAAUCUUAUCAGUGUAGUAAUAUAUGGUUGUUAAAGCUAUAUCAGAUAUCCAGACUACAUUUUUCUUGUAACUCAAAUUAAAUAUUUUAAAACAUG